AUGGCAGCUCUCGGAAAUGGAGAUUCCAGAUUCAAUCCCCUUCAUGGGAACCCUUUCAAGACGAGAGAUGAUGUUGCCAAAGCCGUUAUUUCACUAUUUGAACCUCUGCUGCCUGCUUUCUCUGAAGGAAACGCUCGUGUUCAAAUCGAUGCGUCCACAUCUACAUGGGACCGCGCGGCAUGCGAUUUAGAGGGCUACGCCAGACCGUUAUUUGGGAUUGCGCCUUUGGUUGCUGGCGGAGGAAAGUUUGAUCAUUGGGACAAGUACAGGGAGGGACUCAAGAAUGGCACGGAUCCGCAGCAUCCAGAGUAUUGGGGACCCGUGCCAUCAAUGGACCAAAGGCAUGUGGAGGCGGCUGCACUCGCGUACGCCAUCUUGCUCACUCCCGACCAGUAUUGGAAGCCACUCGAUGAUACAGUGAAGAGCAAUGUUAGUAAAUGGCUGCUACAGAGUCGCAAUGGAGAGCAUGGAUCAAAUAACCACAAAUACUUCCGAAUAAUGGUCGAUCUUGCCCUGGAGAGUGUCGGUGUCAAGGUUGAUACUGCUGGAACAAAUGAGUACUUGGACGACAUGGAAAGUCUUUACAUAUCAGAUGGAUGGUAUCGCGAUGGAGAAGACGAAGGCGAUACGCGCCGUAUCGACUACUAUAAUCCCUUUGCAAUGCACUACUAUGGAUUAUUUUAUGCCGUCCAUCGGCCGUCAGAUAAGGCGCGUGGCGACCGGUUCAAGGAGAGAGCGCGAGAGUUUGCUCCUGUCUUCAUGCAUUGGUUUGCAGAUUCAGGCUCAAACAUUCCCUACGGACGGAGUUUGUCUUAUAGACAAUGUGUUGCCGCUUACUGGGGAUACCUGGCAGUGGCUGGUGUCGAGGCAUUGCCUUGGGGUGUCAUCAAGGGCAUAUAUCUACGCAAUCUUCGAUGGUGGGCAGCGCAGCCCGUCUCCCGGCGCGACGGUAUCUUGACGCUUGGUUAUGCGUAUCCAAACCCAUUUAUGGCAGAGCGAUAUUUAUCAACUGGUUCACCAUAUUGGGCCAUGAAAGCUUUCAGUCCAUUGAGCUUGUCGGCAGACCACCCAUUCUGGGCGGCGGAAGAGCUUCCCAUGCCUCAGCGUUCCUCAGUAGCUGCGUUUCCAGUGCCGGGUCUUACUUUCAUGCAUACGCCUGGUCAUACCAUUAUGCUCAACUCUGGACCGGAUUCAAAUAAAGCUAUGCGCUUUGUACCAGAGAAAUAUCUUAAGUUCGCCUAUUCAACUCGGUACGGCUUCUCCGUGGAGAGCGAUAGUCGAGGAUUUGACGUCGGUGCCUUUGAUAGCAUGAUUGCGCUGAGCGAUGAUGGCAUACACUAUAGGGUUCGAGAACAUUGUGAAACUGCUAGAAUGGCGGGAAGCAAGAUUUACUCCUCAUGGCGUCCGUGGUCCGACGUUGUAGUUGAGACUUGGCUUAUUCCAUACCCAGACUGGCACAUCCGCAUUCAUCGCAUUCAAUCGCCACGGAGACUUGCCACUAUCGAAGGUGGAUUUGCAGCACCAAGAACUGAUUUCAACGCGGACGAGACCCAAGAAAACGAUGAUGCUGCGUUUGUAAUAUCUACGACUGGCGACUUCAGUGGUAUACUGGAUGCCUCAUCGUUGCCAAAGCGAGUCGCGAGAGUCACCAAGCCUCACGGUAAUACCAGUCUUAUGUUCCCACGAACACUGGUGCCCCAGCUCAAGGGAACAGUUGAGGCAAACGAGACUCGAGUUUUUGCCUGCGCGAUUCUUGCUGGCCCAUCGGCCAAGGAACGUUGGUCACAUCCACCCGCAAUUCCAGCACUUGAUGAAGUUGAAAGAAUGUUUCAAAACGAGGGAGUCGAUAUAGAGAUUGUCAAGCAUUAUUCUCGCUCUAGAAACUAG